AUGGACGUAGAUGCGGAUGCGGAUGCGGACGCUGAUGCGGAUGUAGAUGCUGAUGCAGAUGCAGAUGCAGAUGCAGAUGCUGACGCUGAGGCUGACCAUGAUCGACUCCUACAGCUCAUCGACAACACAUCCAGGUAUCUCUGCGAAUACGAGGAAGACGACGAAUUGCUUGCUGCAGGCUUCCAACGGCUCCCCAAGAAGAACGAUCUACCAGAUUACUAUGAGGUCAUCUCAAAUGCGAUGGCAUUCAGUACCAUUCGGCAAAAACUCCUCAAGAAGACCUAUACCCAAUUUUCAGAGUUUGUUCAUGAUGUCGCCCAAAUCUGCCACAACGCGCAAGUCUACAACCGGCCAUCUGCCCCCAUCUUCGGGGAGGCUGUUCGGCUCCGUGAGGUCUUCAAAGAAAAACUGCAGCAGUUAGUGAACCAAGGCACAAUCCAAGCAGAAGAAGCUGUGCUCCCAGACCUUGGUGAGCUGCCUCCUGUCGAGGACUCGCCCCCUCCCGACGAGUUUGAGGAAGACGAGGAAGAGGAGGAGGAAGAGGAGGAAGACGACGACGAGGACGACUCCUCAGACGACGAAGGCGGCCGUCGCCGGGGCCGCAGGCGAGGUCGCCCAUCCAGAAAGGACGACGACGGCGAUGACGACUACGUCAAGAAGCGUGGCCGCCCACCAAAAGUCUUCACGCCCACAGAGGCCCGCAUUAAUGCCGUACUGAAAGGGCUCAGGAAACCAAGGAAUGACGAGGGAGACUUGCGCAUUCUGCCAUUCGAAAAACUGCCCGAUAAGCAGCUGAACAGGGACUACUAUCAAAUCAUUCAGAAUCCCAUCGCGGUCGAUCAGAUUAAACGCAACGCCAAGCGCAAGAAGUACCGCAAUGUGGAUGGAGUCCUCGCCGACCUCGAGCUCAUGUUCGCGAAUGCCAUGGAGUACAACGAGGAGGGCAGCGAGAUCUUCGAUGACGCCAUCGAGCUACAGAAGGAGGCACGCCGUCUGGUGGCGCAAGAGAAGGCCAAGUCUGACGAGGAAUUCCGAGAUGAGGAGGGCAAGCUGCCUCUUGCAGAGGUCGAGCACAAUGGCGAGGUCUGGAAAGUUGGUGAUUGGGUUCAUAUCCGCAACCCCAACGACCUGCAGAAACCGAUUGUGGCGCAGAUCUAUCGCCUCUGGCAGGACGAGGCUGGCAAGCAAUGGAUCAAUGCGUGCUGGUACUACCGGCCUGAACAGACGGUUCACCGCGUCACAAAACGAUUCUACAGAAACGAGGUGAUGAAGACGGGCCAAUAUCGCGACCAUUUUGUUGAUGACAUUGUGGACCGCUGCUUCGUGAUGUUUCACACCCGCUACCACAGGGGGCGACCGCGAGGAUUGCCUCGAGACAAAGAGGUGUACGUGUGUGAGGCGCGCUACAAUGAAGAGAGGUACACGUUCAACCGAAUCAAGACGUGGACGAGCUGUCUGCCUGACGAGGUGCGCGAGAGGGACUACGAGAUGGACCUGUUCGACAUCCCGCGCAGGCUGAAAAAGGAGCCAACCCCAAUUGCUCACCUGCUUGCGCCGGAUGCCAAAGAGACUGAUCCGCUGCCGAAACCCAACUGGGGUCACAAGGACGCGCCGCCUGUCAUUGGUGGUGUGCAUAUGCGGCCCCGAGAAUCUAACGACUCGCCUUCGCCUGAACCGACGCCAGAGCCACCCGCGGUUCCACCACCAGUCAUGGCCACUGACCCGAUUCGUCGACCAUCUGUCCCGAUGCCUGCUGCCCCGACCGCUUUUUAUCCCGGCGCGACGGGCCCGCUUCCUUCAUCUUCUCCUGCACAGGCACACGCGCAUCAGUUCCACCAGGGCCAAUUCGCGCCGCACCACCACCAACAGCAACAACAGCUACAACAACUACAACACCAACAACACCAACAACACCAACGGUCGCUCAAUCACCCCGGCUCAAUCCCGCCACACCCGUCCCAACAACAAGCCCAGCACUUUGCGCCAGGUCCUGUCCCAGCCGGUGGUCAUCACCACCACAUCCCCAACCCUUCCUUCCACGCUAGCCCCUUCAGCAAUCAUCCUCAGGCGGCAGCCCCAGCGCCACCACAGCCGCGCAUGACCAUGCCUCCCACCCCAAGCAACACCGCGCUCCCUCAUGCCAACGCAAAUUCCUACGUUGCCCCCAGGCAGAUCGAAGUCUACACGCUGCGCGACCUGGACGUGCAGAUCCCAGCCGAGAUCCGCGACCAGUAUCAGACGGACGACCAGGGCCAGCUUCUGUUCUUCACGGCGCCACCCCUGAACCGACCUCAUGCCGGCGCCGCAGAGGAGAGCGCCGCGCUCGGCCACAGCGUGCGGUACCUUUCGGGCCUAGAGGAGCACCGGGCCAAGAGGAAGAGGGCACGGGAGGAGCGCGACGAGGCAGAGAAGGCAGCGCGUGCGCAAAAGGCCGCUCGGGAUCGGGAGAUGAGGGAGGAGGGUGAGAAGGCCCUGGGUGCAGCGGCGGGCGCGAUGCUGGGCGACUGGAUCCUGGGUAUGCAGCGCGAGAACGAGGUGAUGCGGGGCGCAUGGGAGGGAAAGAAACCUGGGCAGGACGAGAAGGUCGCCUAGACGAGUCUUCCGACUGCACUUGACGCACAACGAUACGCGUUAAGAGAAGAGGAAAAGUCGGGUCACGAUCUGGAUGUUGCACGGUAUCUUGUUAUCACUCAUGAUACGGCGUAUAAUGGGAGAAGCAGCAACUUGUUCAAGGCGACUGAUGGUGGAUGGAAAGGGGUCAAACGGAUGUGCCUUCUCUUAUUAAAACCGAAUUGACACGCAGCAGAAAGGGCAGAAGCUCAAUUCUGCCAGUGGCAGUGUUACGAAUUUAAAAGGAAGGGAAAAAGGAAGGACUGUAUGGGAAAAGAGCAUUCUCUGCUCUGUACAGAGAGCGACAUAUAGUCCUGGAGUGUACGCCUUAUUCAGACCGAGAAUGGUGAAGCCAAAAACUUGCUAC